AACACUUAGAACAAAGUUGAUUCUGUGUGGGGUUAGAGGCUAGAUAGUUCUACAAGUUUUUAGUCACAUUUUCCAUGUCAGUUAAAUCUGGGGAGUUAAAGGCAACUGGAAAAAUUAGUCUCAUUACUAAAAGAGAACGGGGGAGGAAAGGAGGUAUGAGAAUACAGGAGGUACCUACCUCUAGGUUGCAGAAGUGAUUGUAAAGUAGCAGAACUGUUCUUUUGACUUAGAGUUAGUUCCACAGUCUUGUAGUCUGAAAGACUAGAGCAGAUUCUCAGAGAUUUAUCUUCUUCCUGAUCUUGCUGGUGAAAAAAGAAGUUACUAGAAAAAAAAAGAAGGAAAAAACAGAAAACAACUUGAUUUGGUGACUGCAGGAAACAACCCAUUGCUGAUUUUAUUUUAAAGAUAAUGAUUUAUGAGGAACCCAAGAUGAAUUUGGAGCAGGAGAGGCCAUUCGUCUGCAGUGCUCCAGGCUGCUCCCAGCGCUUCCCAACAGAGGACCAUCUGAUGAUUCAUAGGCACAAGCAUGAAAUGACUUUGAAGUUUCCCUCCAUAAAAACAGACAGUAUGUUAUCAGAUCAGACUCCAACUCCAACAAGAUUCUUGAAAAAUUGUGAGGAAGUGGGCCUCUUCAAUGAGCUGGACUGCUCCCUCGAGCACGAGUUCAGAAAAGCCCAGGAGGAGGAGAGCAGCAAGAGGAAUAUAUCGAUGCAUAAUACAGUUGGUGGAGCCAUGACAGGGCCCGGAGCUCACCAGCUUGGCAGCUCUCGGAUGCCCAACCACGACACCAGCGUUGUGAUUCAGCAAGCCAUGCCGUCUCCCCAGUCCAGCUCAGUCAUCACACAAGCCCCUUCCACCAACCGCCAGAUCGGGCCUGUUCCAGGCUCUCUAUCUUCUCUGCUACACCUCCACAACAGACAGAGACAGCCCAUGCCAGCCUCCAUGCCUGGGACCCUUCCCAACCCCACAAUGCCAGGCUCUUCUGCCGUCUUGAUGCCAAUGGAGAGACAAAUGUCAGUGAACUCCAACAUCAUGGGGAUGCAAGGUCCAAAUCUCAACAACCCCUGUGCUUCUCCUCAAAUCCAGCCAAUGCAUUCAGAAGCCAAAAUGAGGUUGAAGGCUGCGUUGACUCACCACCCUGCUGCCAUGUCUAAUGGGAAUAUGAACACCAUGGGACACAUGAUGGAAAUGAUGGGCUCCCGGCAGGACCAGACGCCACACCAUCACAUGCACUCACACCCUCAUCAGCACCAAACAUUGCCACCCCAUCACCCCUACCCGCACCAGCACCAGCACCCAGCACACCAUUCUCAUCCUCAACCCCAUCACCAGCAGAACCACCCCCAUCAUCACUCCCAUUCCCACCUUCAUGCACACCCAGCGCAUCACCAGACCUCACCACACCCACCCCUGCACACCGGCAACCAAGCACAGGUAUCACCAGCGACACAACAGAUGCAGCCAACCCAGACAAUACAGCCGCCCCAGCCCACAGGGGGGCGCCGGCGGAGGGUGGUGGACGAGGAUCCCGAUGAGAGGCGGCGGAAAUUUCUGGAACGGAACCGGGCAGCUGCCACACGCUGCAGACAGAAGAGGAAGGUCUGGGUGAUGUCACUGGAAAAGAAAGCAGAAGAACUCACCCAGACAAACAUGCAGCUUCAGAAUGAAGUGUCCAUGUUGAAAAAUGAGGUGGCACAACUGAAACAGUUGUUGUUAACACAUAAAGACUGUCCAAUAACAGCCAUGCAGAAAGAAUCCCAAGGAUAUCUAAGUCCAGAGAGCAGCCCUCCUGCAAGCCCUGUCCCAGCUUGCUCCCAGCAACAAGUCAUCCAGCAUAACACCAUCACCACUUCCUCAUCUGUCAGCGAGGUCGUAGGAAGCUCCACCCUCAGUCAGCUCACCACUCACAGAACAGACCUGAAUCCAAUUCUUUAAAAUCCAUGGGUCAGACCUUGCCUCCUAGAAGAGCUGUAGCAUACCAUGCGUCCUUUCUUUUAAGGGCAUUUGUAGAAUUAUCUCCGACCUGGAAGACUCCUCAGCCCUUCAAAGACUGGCUUUCAUUUUUAUAGUUAUUAUAUGGAAAUGUUGUCUUUUAUACUUAGUUAUAUAAGAAAAAAGGGAGUUAUGCAAUUAAUACUUAUCAGCUUGGGAAAUGCUUUGGUGCUUUUCUCCAAUUUUCUGGUACCAGUUACUUGUUUAUAAACUGAACUCUUUCUGUAUAUAAUCAUGGUUUCAUUUUUACCAGCCCAACUCUUUGCCUGAAACAGUGAAUCUCGUUAAACUGCAGCUUUUAGCCAAAAUAAGGCAUACCUAGAUGUCAUGUAAGAUCCAUCCAACGUGACUGGGUGGGAAGUCCGAUGACAUCACAUGUGUUGAGUUUGGGCACUUAGGUCACCAGUAUCUCAGUUGAACACAGAGCCUUUUCACAAUUUUUUUCUUUCACUAUGAAAAAUUUUAAGGCCCAUUGAUUUCCAAACCAAACCACCAAACAUUUCACCACCUCCCUUCCUCCUUUUGGUCCACUUGCUCCAAUGCCCAAUUUUCUUCUCCAUUUCCACUUUUUCUUGGGCUCACUAUUUACUCUUCAUUUUAACUGUAUUCUCUUUUAUUUUUCUCUCCUUCAGCAUUGUGUGUAAAGAAGAAAAUAAUGUUUAAAG